UAUGUCACAGUGUUUCCUAACCUCAAAAAGGAAGAAGACACGAGUCGUUUGCUCGGUUUGCCUUGAUUUUCCUCGAGAAGAAGAGUUAAGAUUGCUCUUGUCAUUUAUUCUGUCGCGGAAAAUUGCGAGGAUUUUAUCAGUAUAUAAAAAAUGUUAGAGAUAACGUGCAACGAUCGUCUCGGCAAAAAGGUUAGAGUGAAAUGCAAUCCGGACGACACCAUAGGAGACCUGAAGAAAUUGAUAGCCGCCCAGACUGGAACACACUGGGAGAAGAUCGUGUUGAAGAAGUGGUACACCAUUUUCAAGGACCAUAUAAAGCUGCAGGACUAUGAGAUACAUGACGGCAUGAACUUAGAGCUCUACUAUCAAUAAAUAAUGUAAACUAAUGUUACAUGUUCCGCCAUUUGUCUACCUCGGUUGCUUAAGAAGUCUCUUAUGUGCUGCACUAUCAGAUCUAUCGCCACUGCAACAGAUCACGAAACAUCAGUAUUCGCGAAUAUGAUGCACAAUUAUGUCAGGGAUAAGAUAAAUUGCUUUAUUUGUGAUAUAUCAUACAUCUUAGAACAAUAUCAAAUAUUUGAAAUUAAUUGUAUCUCAAAUAACAAUUGUGAUCGCAUUAGAAUUAUUAUGGUUUUAUUAUGCAUAAGACACUUGUGUUCAUAUACUAUUUUGCAAAUACAAGAAAUUUUUUUGUUUUUUAUUAAUAAUAUGCAAUAGUGUCCCAGAACUGGUGCUCCCUUUCUUUCUCACUCUCUUUUUAAACUUUUUAAACUAAGAUAUUCAUUGGUGCAAAUUAGGAAGAAUAUUUUAAUAGUCUCAAAAAAAUCGAGGCUUUUUAUAAUAAACUUAUAAUAAAACUUACUAAAAGCUUAAACUAUAUACAACAAAAAUAUUAAGAUUUUAAUGAAUUGAGAAAUUAACCAAAGGAUUUUAAUAGAGAUUUCGCUUCAACUGUAAUUAUUUAUACAUAAGGAGGUACAAAUCAUAAUUCUAUCUCAAUAGGAUGUAGCUCAGGCUACGUUUAAAACGAAGCUAGCUUUAAGAUUUUUGC